AUGGAUGAUUUCAUACUAAAUAUAUCGGAUUCGUCUGAUGAAAACGAUACUCAAGAUCGGAUGGACUAUACCGAGGAGUCGGAACGAGUUCCCAAGAAAUCCACAGCCAGCAGCAACUCAAUAGAUGAUGGCGAAAUAAGUGGCAAUACUGGACAAUCCGGCCCAAGCACCAGAAAAUCUGUGAAUGCAGGUAAAAACAGUGAAAACAUCGAGGACACAAAUGGAACUAAGAAAGGGCGCGCGAAGCGUGGUCAACGGAACAGACUGUUCGACGAGAACUCUAAAUUCUUGGCGGAUUUCGACCCCGGUCAAUCUCAGCGCGAAAAGCGCAAGAUGGAGCGCAACAUACGCGUAGCAACGAAACCAAUCGGGUUGUACGAUUUGAAGGGUAUGCUGCGUAGCAACGGUGAGGAUUUGUGCGACUGUCUGGAUCAGCGUUGUCCCGGCUGCCAUAUGCCGUGUUCCGACUGUGGCGGUGGCAAAUGUGGCAAAGUGUGCCGCAAGUAUCGCAAAUGGAUGUAUGACCGGAUUGAAAUGGAUGCGAAAAAUGGUGUAAUACAUAAUCCAUUUAAAAACUAA